CAGCUUGAGGUUGGAUUCAGCAUGGCGGUUGGAAGGGGUGGGAAAAGCUUAAUGGGACCUCUAUUAGCUGUCAACUCUGUCGUGCAUCUAAUUGUACUGGGAUUAGCAGGAUGGUCUCUCGACAAAUACAUUGACGGUGAACAGGAUCAUCCCCAUUUGGGAGGGAAUCCGUCUACAAGCUUUCUGCUAGUGUUUGCAUUGAUUGGCGGUGUAAUUGGAGCAUGUUCUCUGUUUGCUGGGCUCAUCCAUCUCCGGGCUUGGCACAGUGACAGUCUGGCCGGUGCAGCCUCUUCUGCGUUCAUAUCAUGGACUAUGACAGCUCUUGCCUUUGGACUUGUGUGCAAGCAGAUCAUAUUGGGAGGGCAUAGAGGGAAACGACUGUUGCAGCAAACAUUGGAGGCUUUCAUCACAUUGUCAUUACUGAGUCAGUUGCUGUAUUUACUGCUACUGCAUGGUGGGAUGUGUAGCGGGAGAUUUGGACCUGCUUACGGUGGCUAUGGGACACGAUAUGGUGGCAUUGGGAUGACGAGGCGCACCCCUGCUGUUGUCUGAAACAAGGGGAUGGAAGUUCUGGAUGCGGCAGAACAGUGAAAUUCUGAGGUAAAAAAAACUGAGUAACAUUUUGAUAGCAUGAUAAUUUCUAAUUGAAGUCUGAGGCAAGAAUCACUGGCCUCGAAUGUACAUAAAUUUUGCGAUUAAUUUGCUUUGGCAUGAUUCUGAGAAUGAUGUGGAGCUACAAAAUCCCAAUACGUUAUGAAUCCCAAAUUCCUUAAUGUCAUGUCUGCGUCGGAGCUACAAUUUC